UGUGGAACACCGCGACACCGCCACCGCACUCAACGCCAUCCUUCCGCUGACGCUCGCACUCGCACCGUGCUCGCACCAACCACCCCCGAACAUCUUCGCCGGGAUUGUUGCGGCCCGCGCGUCCGGUGUGCUGUGCGCUGUUAACAUUUCGAAAAUGUGCUUUUUGUGAGGUUCUCAAACGAUUUAUUAUUAUCGCAUUAUAAUUGUAUUAUAUUAAAUAUUUUUGGCUCAAUUUUUGGUUCGUUAUUGUUUGUGCUGGUUGUCGUAAAUUAAAUUCGUGUAGCAGUUAUAUGACAGGAUAUUUACUCGAUUGUGUGUGUGCACACUGGGACACUUACAUGGAUUUUAAUUUAUGAUCCACCGUCGGGUUUAUAAUUCAUAAGAAUUUAUUGGUGGCGAUGUGAGACACAAGGACGAAAUGAAUCGUAUCGUGGGAAUUAACAACAAAUAAUCGGUGUCGUCCUUCAUGUAUCCCACCUUCCACCUUUGUUAGUAAGAACAAAAUGAAGAUACCCAGGCCCUUUUAAGCAGAACAGGUUGUUAUGAAGGUGAGAAGAAAACAGUGGACAAGAUAAAAAUCCGUUUCGUAUGGCGGCCAACGGGACGUACCCGAACCCAAAUGACACAACAAACAACACAUCCAUCACGACCCCCGGCUACAACCAAUUCGAGAUCGUCAUCAUCACCUUCAUCCUGGUCGUGAUCAUCGUGGGCACGAUCGUCGGCAACAUCCUGGUAUGCGUGGCCGUUUGUCUGGUGCGCAAGCUGCGCCGUCCGUGCAACUACCUGCUGGUCAGCCUGGCCAUCAGCGACCUGUGCGUGGCCAUUCUGGUGAUGCCGAUGGCCAUGUUCUCGGAGAUCAACGGCAAAUGGAUCUUCGGCGAGAUCGUGUGCAACAUAUGGGUGAGCUGCGACGUGCUCAGCUGCACCGCCUCCAUCCUCAAUCUGUGCAUGAUCAGCGUGGACCGCUACUAUGCCAUCACGAAGCCGCUCGAGUACGGGGUGAAACGGACUCCCAAACGCAUGAUACUGUGGGUGAUACUCGUGUGGUUCUUCGCCGGCUGCAUCAGCCUGCCGCCGCUGCUGAUCCUCGGCAACGAACACUCGGACGGCGUGACCAAGGACGAGGUGUGUUUAGUGUCGCAGCACAUCGGCUAUCAGCUGUACGCGACCAUGUUCAGCUUCUACAUACCGCUGACGGUCAUGAUUUUGGUCUACUACAAGAUAUUCCGGGCGGCCCGUCGGAUAGUCAACGAGGAGAAGAGGGCGCAGAGCCAUCUGGAGACGCACUGCUAUCUGGAGAUCAGCGUGAAGAACGGCGGCGGCCCGCCGGAGAACAAGAUCUCCAGCCAGACGCCCUCGCCCGCAAAUCCGGCGAGGGUCAAUCACAGGUCCAGUUCGGCCAGCACGAACACUAUGUGCAGCCUCGACAAGACAACGCUGGGCCGUUGCUUCAAGUCACGACACAGCAACGAAUCACAGUGCCCGAUGCUGGCCAGCAAGCCGACACCCAACCAGGCGAACAAGCAGGACAAGCAACCGAAGUCGAACCUCCUGACAAAAAUGAAAACGUCCCCGAGCACCCACCACAACCAGAAGAAGCUCAGGUUCCAGCUGGCGAAGGAGCGCAAGGCCAGCACCACGCUGGGCAUCAUAAUGAGCGCCUUCACCAUCUGCUGGCUGCCCUUCUUCGUGCUGGCACUGGUCCGGCCCUUCUUGGAGACCACCCAGGCAUUGAGCAGUCUGAGCAGCGUGUUCCUGUGGCUGGGCUACGCCAACAGUCUGCUCAACCCGAUCAUUUACGCCACGCUCAACAGGGACUUCAGGAAACCCUUCCAGGCCAUCCUCUACUUCCGGUGCAGUAGCCUGAACAACAUGAUGCGCGAGGAGUUCUAUCACAGCCAGUACGGCGACCCGGACCACCAGAUUUCGGCCAGGUGCCACUUGGACUACGAUGAAGGUGUCGAGUACAUAGAGGCGGAGGGCGACGACAUAAAAGUGCCGGAAAUGGACGCCGCCCACGAGUCGUUUCUAUGAUUCGCAAAAGACUAUGUCGAACUUUAGUACGGACGCACCUCGUCGUUUUACUUUUUGGAAGUGCGGAUUUCGAUCAUUCUGAACACGGUUGUCGCCGAACGCGAAAGUGGCCGAAGUGAUUUUUUAUUAGCGUCUCUUAUGAAACAAGUUUUCGGGAUCUUUUCUGUAUUUCUGCCACACACAACUUCGAUAGUUAAGUACUCUCGUCAUUGCCAGAAGCAACAAUGGAAACAUUGCCAUGAUUGAGGUGCUGCAAACCAACAAAUAUAUUUUUAUGAAUAUUUCCACGUAUAGGCUGCUGACAAACUGGAGCUGCAUAACCAAAAAUUAAAUAAAAUAAUACUUUUAGAUGUAUAAAUUAAAAUAUUGUAUACAAAGUAUGAAAGCAAAUAAUUAGAUAUCGAUGCUAAAUGAAUCGAUGUUAUUGUAUAAGAGACAAUCGACUAUCAAUUAGGCUCUAAAUAAUUAUAAGAAGCUUUGUCUGUUCCUCUUCUAGUCAAUUUUUAUGCUUUUUUAUACAACUUAAAUUGCGUUCAUACGUAAUUACUUCAAAGGCUGUCGAUAUAGUGUAAGAUAGACAAUUUAGCUUUGGUGAUUUCCUGACAAAAUCAUUUGUAAAUACAAUGUCGUAACUGCAGUUCAAAUUUAAAUUGAAAUUUGACCGUUUAAAUAGUAAUUGUAGCUUAAUUUAGCCAAUGAAAACUUGUAAACUUAGCUGUUACAACGAAUCAAAACAGGCGUAAGUAAAUCAAAUUUUUUUGUCAAGGAUUUACCUAAAUACCAAAGAUACUUUUGAUUUGCAAAAUAUAUAUUUUUAAGCAUAUUUUGCAAAUCAGAAUUGAUGUUUAAAUAUAUUGUGUCCAGAUGGUUUUUUGUGUGAUACUUUUCUCUUUGAUAAAUAUAAAUAUAAUUAUUUAUUUUGUGUUAUGUAUAUACAUAUAUAUUUAUUUAUCUAUAAUAUUGUUUAAAAUUGCUGCGAGGAACUUAAUUGGAUGUUUGAACAGGGUUGGUGUUUUCUCUGGAAUUUUUAGUCAAAUAUUUAUUUUGUUAACUGAAAUAUUUCUUUAGAAAUUAUUAUGAAAAUAUAAGUAUUGAAAACUU